GUUUGCUAUUACGAAGAAGAGGAGAGUGGGAGGAAUCAGUUCUUGAAGUUGCUGCUGCAUUUCUCUCGACAGAAUGAAGGAGAUUGACUUGACGAGAAAUUUGGGCGAUUCUUCGUAUUCACUAUAAAUCAUUGAACAAAUGAAGUAUUCUGUUGUUGUAAAAAAAAGAGCAACCAUUCAUUCUGUGCUAUAUGGUGAACCAAUGUUACUUUAGUCAUCAUUGACUGAUGUAUAUAAAUGACUCUUUUUAGAAAAAAAAGAAUAACGAUAUUGCAGCAAUGCUGUGGAAACAAUUUGUAUAUCCACGAUCAAUCAUUGUUUCUCGACGAAGCUGCAAUUCAUUGGUAUCAGUACCGACAGUACUGUUGUCGUGCUCUUGUCGGGAGUUUUCUGUGUACCACCGUUACCGGCCAUUUCGAAGAUCUCUGGAUUCGGCCAGAUAUAUGCACGACACUUUUAGUAAAAAUCCAUCGACUUCAGCAGGUCUUAGAGUUACUGAUGAAGAGAAGUUGCCAACCAAAGAGCAGUUAUUUUAUGUGGAUUGCCUCACCGAUACGUUGGUACCAGGAUUUUUAAGCAAUCGAAAGCAAUUUUUAGAAUUUAUGAAGUUGUGUGCCAAGGACGUUGUCUACGACGAUUCAAUUUUUAAUCAGCACAUUAAGGGCAUAGAUAAAUUUAUAAGACGUAUUUCGCUCUCCAAGCUAUACUUCAGUUUGAUGCGAGCGACCAGCAGAUUUGAGAAAUUAGGAUCAUGCAUCUAUGAAAACAGUGAUGUCGUUAUAGUUCUUUGGCGGAUGAUGGCCAUCAGGUUAUAUCAUCAGCAAACAGAUAUUGUUGAAGGAGCUUUAGAUAUUCAUCUUGAUAAGGAUGGACGUAUUUACAAGAUUAAUAACCGACCGAUAACUCGGAACGACCAGGACGAUGCUUCUGCUCUAGCAAAACUAAAAGAAGCUGCGAAAACUGAAAACGGCAAAGUUUUAACGACAACAGCACAAAUGCGAACGAUAUUGCGGUAUUUGCUCCCUCUCACUGUUCCCUCCUCUACUUCUUUUUUAGUCUCACGUGCAUAUAGUAAUGGACGAGGUAGCAAAGGACCAGAAAUGUUUCAGUUGGAACACAUACGAAAGAGACUAGAAAUAACGGCUCCACGAUUCUUUCGGGAGCAGCCUGAUUACACAUUUUAUAGGUCGGAUGUGGUGUACAGGGAUGAGAUUUUGCAGAUGACUAUUACGGGUCGAGACAAACUCAUGAUUUAUUUCGGUUCGAUUAAUGUAAUAUGUCUUUUUUGUUUUCCUCAUAUAGAGAUGGAGGUCUUGAAUAUAUUACCAAUCUCGGAAGAUGGAACAGUACGGUUAAGAUGGCGCAUAAAACAUGUCUCACUGAUACGAUCCUUACUGAAUCCCAUGCUGUUCAAAUAUGAAUAUCGUAUCAAAAGGUUGAAAUGGUACGAUGGUCUCACAGUAUUUUACGUUGGUGAAGAUGGACUUGUAUAUCGAGCGGUUACUCGCAGAACCAUUGAUGAUGAACAAAAAAGUCCACAAGCAAAUCGACUCGCUGAUCUAGCGCAAAAAGUUGGUGUAUUGCCGAAAGGUUCUGCUGCAUUUGCAACCAGCAAUGUGCGGAAUAACAUGCCGCUUGUUGAACAAAUUUCUAAAUAGUUAUAAAUUUCUAGACAUGAAUAUGAGAUCUUGCGUUCCUAACUUCUUUCUGGUUAGUAAAUAAAGGCGCGA